UCCAGCGAGGGGCUCAGGUCUCCAACAACAGAACUGGAGCCACUUAGCAACGCUGGAACCCAUUUGGGGGGGCCUGGGGCCCCUCGUCCCAAGCCAGGAGGGCUUUGGGGGAGGGGUGCAACUCUUGGCAUAUUCCCCGUGUGGCCCAGGGGGCUGUGAGGUGCCCGGGAGGCGAGGGCAAACCUCACAGGGGUAGUAGGCACGAGUGACGUUCUCUUUCCCCCACUGGGGGUACCUCGGGGACAGCGGCAGAGGAGGGCCAGGAGGCCUUCAAGACAGAGGUGGGGCAGAGGUGGUGGCAGGGUGGUGUCUGGCGGCCGGGGCACCAUGGCCACCAUCCAGUCAGAGACUGACUGUUACGACAUCAUCGAGGUGCUGGGCAAGGGCACCUUCGGGGAGGUGGCCAAGGGCUGGCGGCGAAGCACGGGCGAGAUGGUGGCCAUCAAGAUCCUCAAGAAUGAUGCCUACCGCAACCGCAUCAUCAAGAACGAGCUGAAGCUGCUGCGCUGCAUGAGGGGCCUGGACCCCGAGGAGGCCCACGUCAUCCGCUUCCUUGAGUUCUUCCACGACGCCCUCAAGUUCUACCUGGUUUUUGAGCUGCUGGAGCAAAACCUUUUUGAAUUUCAGAAGGAGAACAACUUUGCGCCGCUUCCUGCCCGGCACAUCCGCACGGUCACCCUGCAGGUGCUCAGAGCCCUGGCCCGGCUCAAGGAACUGGCCAUCAUCCACGCCGAUCUCAAGCCUGAGAACAUCAUGCUGGUGGACCAGACCCGCUGCCCCUUCAGGGUCAAGGUGAUCGACUUUGGCUCAGCCAGCAUUUUCAGCGAGGUGCGCUACGUGAAGGAGCCAUACAUCCAGUCGCGCUUCUAUAGGGCCCCCGAGAUUCUGCUGGGGCUGCCCUUUUGUGAGAAAGUGGACGUGUGGUCAUUGGGUUGUGUCAUGGCCGAGCUGCACCUGGGCUGGCCGCUCUACCCUGGCAACAACGAGUAUGACCAGGUGCGCUACAUCUGUGAGACCCAGGGCCUGCCCAAGCCCCACCUGCUGCACGCCGCCCGCAAGGCCCACCACUUCUUCAAGCGCAACCUCCACCCUGAUGCCACCAACCCCUGGCAGCUCAAGUCUUCGGCUGACUAUCUGGCUGAGACCAAGGUACGCCCACUGGAGCGCCGCAAGUACAUGCUCAAGUCACUGGACCAGAUUGAGACGGUGAAUGGCAGCGGGGCAGCUGGGCGGCUAACCUUCCAGGAUCGGGAGGCGCUGGCCGAGCACGCUGACCUCAAGAGCAUGGUGGAGCUGAUUAAGCGCAUGCUGACCUGGGAGUCGCACGAACGCAUCAGCCCCAGUGCCGCCCUGCGCCACCCCUUCGUGUCCAUGCAGCAGCUGCGCAGCGCCCACGAGACCACCCGCUACUACCAGCUGUCGCUGCGCAGCUGCCGCCUCUCGCUGCAGGUGGAGGGCAAGCCCCCCACGCCUGUGGUGGCUGCUUCGGAGGAGGGGCCCCCCUACUACCGCCUGGCUGAGGAGGAGGAGGCCGUGGGUCUCGGCAGCGUGGCGGGCAGUGGGCCCUUCUUCCGUGAGGAGAAGGCACCGGGCAUGCAAAGGGCCAUUGACCAGCUGGAUGACCUGAGCCUGCAGGAGGCGGGCCAUGGGCUGUGGGGCGAGACCCCCAGUGCGCUGGCCCCACUCAAGGCAGCUGUGGCUGGCCUCCGGGUGCCCGACUCGGGCCCCGAGCCCAUCCUGGCCUUCUACGGCAGCCGGCUAGUUGGCCGCCACAAGGCCCGCAAGCCGCCCACAGGCUCCAAGUCCGACUCCAACUUCAGCAACCUCAUCCGGUUGAGCCAGGCCUCGCCCGAGGAGGAGGGGCCCUGCCGGGGCAGCGGCUGGGCAGAGGGAGAGCACCGCGGAGCCUCCGCAAAGCCGCCCACCAUCCCGAAGCGGGACGGGGACGGGCCAGACGUCAAGGACAUGACUAUGGAUGCUGAGAGGCCGAGCCCUGAGCUCUUCGACCCCAGCACCUGUCCUGGAGAAUGGCUUAGUGAGCCAGACUGGGCCCUGGAGGGCAUCAGGGGCCCACGGGCUCAGGGGCUCCCACCCCGCCAUGCCCACCCACAUGGUCCACCCCGGGCCACCAGCUUUCUGCAGCAUGUCGGCGGGCAGCAUUGAUGGUGACCCCACCUCUACCCAUCACUGGUGGCUGAGCUAGCUGGGCUGGCAUCCCUUCCUCAGAGCCAUCCCCUGAACCCACACAUUCUUACAGAAAGUUAUCCAGAAAUUCCCAUUCCCCCACCCACAGUGCAUGCCUGCACAUACCCCCAAACACAGGAGGGCCUUGGUGUCUGGCCUGUGACCACCUUGAUCAGAGGGGCACAGAGAGGUGGCUGCACCCUGUUGGCCCUGAGCACGUUCUUGGCCCUGCUGUCUCUGCCUAUUUCAAUAAAGAACUGUUCACAGCCCUGCCUCAUGCCUGUCCUCGUGCUGCUGGUGGUGGUGGUGGUGGUGGGGGUGGGGGGGGUUCAGGCUGGUGCCCAGGCCUGCUCUGAUGCUGCACCCAGUUGGCCAUUGGCUCAGGCUGGAGGCUGGGCUCCCAGGACACUGGAACAGGCUGUGCUUGGCACACUGACCCAAUCCCUAAAUAUGCACAGUGCCUGGCACACAAGCACACGAGAACCACCCUCAGAACACUGUGUCCGGCAGGUGCACAUCCAAGCUUGCCAGAUGCCAAGGUCUCAUUGUGUGUUUACCUGUCCUUGUCACUACAGGCUGGCCAUGCUCUUGGCUGGUGCAAAUUCACACUUGGUGCAUGCGCCAGUGUUCAGACAUUCAAGUCCAUCCUUGGGCUAUGGCGAUGGUUCAUCUGCUGGGAGCACGCCAAGUGUGUGGCACACACUAACCCGUGCUGGCUACAGGACGCUCAGCAUACACCAAGCAUGCCGUCAUACACUGCAUGCUCAGCACAUGCCAGCCCAUGCCAGUUACACAUGCCAGCCUAUGUGGUUACACGCUGAGAGCUCAGCACAUGCUAAACUAGUGGGCCACAUGCUGUAUGCUCAGCAAUGGCAGGCCACUCCCUGAAGAUCAGCACAUGUCAAUCACAUGCUAUGUGCUAGGCACAUUCCAGCACAUGCUAAGAGCUCAGUGUACAUGCUCAUGUCCCCACCAGAGGCCCAUGCUGGCUGUCCCCGAUCCCAACGACACCCUGCCUCACACCACUCAGUCAGGCAGAGACUGUACAGACAAGUUGUUUACUUCUUAUUAGAACCUGGGCCCUCUUUGCCCUGGGAACGGGGGGAGGCCGGGGGACUGGCCCAGCAUGCAUCCCCACUUCUUCUGGGGCUGAUCCCUCCCCCAGCUCAGCUGGGAUCUGGGGCCACAGCGUCAGGCCGUCGGGGGUGAAGGUAGAGGUGGGAGAGCAAGGGGUCUGUGGAGCCACAACGGGACAGACA